AGUUCAACUACGUACAUGUUAGGUUACUGAAAAAGAUUGAUUCAGGAUCUAUAGGCGAAGUUCUCGUGGCCUGGUGACGUAUAUAAUAUUAACAUAAAUAAACCUAUUGUAAAAAUACAAGUUGAGCUCGAGCUUAGUUUUCUUUCUAACUUUGGGGUCAGCCGUAAAGCUACGUGUGAGGGAUAACGUCCUUGGGACUUACAUCUACAUAUCGUUUUUCUACUACCUAAUUAAUAUGAUAAUUAGUAUGUCUGUCCCGAUUUUGGAAAAAUCGAUUCAUUUUGAAUUUUAACAUUAAACAAUGCGGAGGCGAUAAAUAAAGUGCUGUCUAUUUAAUAAAAUAACCGGGAACAGGAACUUCUGUAAAAGGUAUCUCGUGCACCUAGCUACUGCUCUGCAAACUCCCUAAUAUUUACUAACAAGACCGGGACGCCGAUAAUUUCUGCGCAUGCGUACAUUGCUCCCCUCUGACAUUCAUUGGGAGUCGGAACAUCUACGAGGCAACAUAUGGAUAAACAAACAAAAUUGUGAAUUAAAUGCUCAAAAACAAGUAGAAAAUGGGCAACCAAUUCAAGAACGUGGCGGUCAUAGCCUGCUUGAAAACAUUCCUUUUCGUUUUCAACGUCGUAUUCUGGUUCACAGGUUUGUUGCUCCUGUUGGUGGGACUAUGGGCCGAGUUCGAUCUGCACAAGUACAUGGAACUGUCGCCAGAGUUCUCUGGCACUGCUCCCCACGUGCUGAUUGGCAUCGCCUGCCUCAUAGUCCUCGUUAGCUCCAUCGCCUUCUCCUGCAUCAUCAAGGGCCAACCGGUUCUACUUUAUAUUUAUGGCGGUUUCCUGGCAUGUAUCUUCAUGAUGGACGCAGGAGUGGGAGCUGCCGCCGCGUGCUACCGAGACACCUUUGCCAAGAGCCUCCACGACGGCCUCACUCAGACUAUCACCAACAACUAUCCGCACAAAGCUAACUUUGAUUUCGCACAAAAGAACUUGCGUUGCUGUGGCGUAUCUAACUACACGGACUGGAUAAGACUGUCACCACAAAAGGUGAUCCCUAUCUCAUGCUGCCUCGACCCGAACGACUGCAUCACGGCUAAUUACAGCGAUGUCUUCCAACAAGGCUGUUAUGCGGUGAUCUCGGAAUACUUGGAAAACAACAUCGACCUAGUGGUGGGCAUCGCCAUCGGGACUGCGCUCCUCCCACUGGUCGGCACAUUACUGUCGUGCUUCCUAGCCAGUUACAUCAAGAAAUCUAAAUACGACGUAGUCAACUAACGACUCUCCGUACUCGACGAUUACGGCUUGUUCUACGCGAAUCUCAAUUUUCAAAUCUCUUCUUGACUGACGCUAUCCAUGUUGGACAAAUUGCAUUUAUUAAUAUUUCAAAUUAUAUAAAUUAAAUAUUUAUUAGAAUUUAUGUUUACAACUUUAAUAUUGUAUUUAAAAUCAAUUGAAAUCUUUACAAAUAUUUUAAGCAUAAUCGAUUUUUGAAUGUUAUUAAACUUGAAGCAAGGCAA